AAGGGCCAGGGUCAGCUGACUGACUCCAGCCCGGGUUUAGUCCUGGGGCCGGGGGCCGGGGGCGCGGGGAGAAAUGAUAGCCGAGCGGCCCGGCGCGGUGCUCCUGGGCGGCCCCGAGGGACCGCGGAGGCCGGGGUUCGGGAGACUCGGUGGGGUUCAGGUAUUUGCCACGAUCUUCCCGCUGCUGUUGUCCGCGGCACUGACCGCGGGGGACGAGAACGACUUCAGGCUGGUCCAGCCGCUGGUGACCAUGGAGCAGCUGCUGUGGGUGAGCGGGCGGCGGAUCGCGGCGGUGGACACCUUCCGCAUCCCUCUCAUCGCCGCCACCCCGCGCGGCACUCUCCUUGCCUUUGCCGAGGCCAGAAAGAUGUCCACGUCGGACGAGGGGGCCAAGUUCAUCGCCCUGCGGAGGUCCGUAGACCAGGGCAGCACGUGGUCUCCUACAGCGUUCAUUGUGGACGACGGGGAGACCCCUGACGGGCUGAACCUGGGGGCCGUGGUGAGCGAUGCGGAGACGGGAGUGGUGUUCCUUUUCUACUCCCUCUGUGCUCACAAGGCCGGCUGCCAGGUGGCCUCCACCAUGCUGGUGUGGAGCAAGGACGAUGGGGUCUCCUGGAGCCCACCCCGGAACCUCUCCCUGGAGAUCGGCACCGAGAUGUUUGCCCCUGGACCGGGCUCUGGCAUUCAGAAACAGCGAGAGCCACGGAAAGGCCGGCUCAUCGUGUGUGGCCACGGGACGCUGGAGCGGGACGGGGUCUUCUGCCUCCUCAGCGAUGACCACGGCGCCUCCUGGCGCUACGGCAGUGGGGUCAGCGGCAUCCCCUACGGCCAGCCCAAGCGGGAAAAUGACUUCAACCCUGAUGAGUGCCAGGUCAGGAGGCCGAGGCUCCGCCCCUCCCAGCCGCCCGCCGUGGCUCAGGGACAGCCCCUCGCGCAGCCCCUCCCGGGCCUCCCUGAGCCCGUUCUCUCCCCUCAGCCCUACGAGCUCCCGGAUGGCUCAGUAGUCAUCAACGCCCGGAACCAGAACAACUACCACUGCCGCUGCCGCAUCAUCCUCCGCAGCUACGACGCCUGCGACACGCUGAGGCCCCGGGACGUGACCUUCGACCCUGAGCUGGUGGACCCUGUGGUGGCCGCAGGCGCGGUAGCCACCAGCUCGGGCAUUGUCUUCUUCUCCAAUCCAGCCCACCCGGAGUUCCGAGUGAACUUGACCCUGCGCUGGAGCUUCAGCAACGGCACCUCGUGGCGGAAGGAGACAGUGCAGCUCUGGCCCGGGCCCAGCGGCUACUCCUCGCUGGCAGCCCUGGAGGGCGGCGUGGGCGGGGCGGACCAGGCCCCGCUGCUCUUCAUCCUGUACGAGAAAGGCCGGAACUACUGCACAGAGAGCAUCUCCCUGGCCAAGGUCAGCGUGUACGGGACGCUCUGAGCUGGACGCUCUGAGCUGCACACUUGCCACGGCGAGGAGGCCCUGGCCUCAGCGGCCUCAGGACCGUGGCCUGCGGAGGGUCGCCGGGCGCCCAAAGGACAGUUCCACCUUCCUUUAGACUCCAGCCUUUUGCAAAAUCAAGUUUUCUUUGACAGGGAAAUCACUCCAUUAGGCUUCCUCUCCGUAGCGCUGGGCCUGGCCCUGCCCUUCCUGCCCCAGGGGCCUUGCGGGCCCUGCCUUGGGCCUGUAGGCUGAAUAAACGUGAACUCAGGGAC